AUGGGCUGCGAACUUAGCAAGCUGACAGCCGCGAAAUCGCGAAAUCAAAAUGAUCGCGAAGGUUCACCGCCACCUCCUCAAACUACGACGGAUCCAAGACUUCCUCUAACAGCAAGACAAAAAUUUACUGUUAUGGCUAGUUGGAGAGCCGUAGGAAGAGCCUUAGAACCUACUGGUGUCUACAUGUUCAUAAGAUUAUUCGAGGAGAAUGCAGAACUCUUAAAUCUCUUCACCAAGUUUCGGGAUUUAAAAACGAAGGAACAACAAUCGUCGAGCAUGGAAUUGGCCGAACAUGCUAGGACGGUCAUGAUGACUCUCGAUGAAGGAAUUAAGAGUUUAGACGAUAUGGAUACUUUUCUAGCGUACUUGCAUCAGGCUGGUGCAUCGCAUACUAAAAUACCGGGCUUCGAUCGACAAUAUUUUUGGAAAAUCGAGAAGCCUUUCCUAGACGCGGUGAAGCGAACAUUGGAAGAUCGUUACUCAGAAAACGUUGAGAGUAUCUACAAGCUGACGAUCAAGUUCAUCAUCGAAACACUUAUCGAUGGCUUUGACAAAGCACAAAGCGAGAAGGCCAAGUCCUAGUCGUACUCAUCAGAUGAAAAUGCGUCGUCUCUUUUUCUCUUAACGCGCCCUUUCUUUUUCUCUCGCGCACAUGACGUACACCGGUACAUUUCGAAUAGCACGUGCGCGCACGACGCACAAGCAACACGACGGAACACAACACACACACACAGACACGAAAUUAUACACGCACACUGCAUAUGUAUACAUACGCAAUCGAGAAAAAGGCUCGCGAAACAAGAGUUACUCUCAUAUUACAUAUUUUUACGAUCGAUCGCCGGAGUUAUGAUGGGAUUCUAAUUGU